GGAGCCGAGCCGGCUAUGCUUUUCGAGAAAAAAAAAAAAAAAAAACUUUUAAUGUCUCUCUUUUUCUCAAUGAAAAAACAAAAGAAGAUGUCUCUUUUGGGUUUUUAGACACCACCACCGAAUAGUUUUGCGUUGACAAAGCUUUGAAGUCCAUCAAUGGCGAAUCCAAACCCCUUCUUCUUCUUCCUCGUAACCCGAGCGAUUGAAUCCCAUUUACAGAAAUCUCAUCUCAACAAUACCCGUCAGUGAGAUUGUUAUUCCAAUGGUGGGUUAAUUGAAUUAAUUUAUCAAAAAUGGACUUAUCCAACUUUCAAAUCCAAUCCAGAGCUUCCACUGCCCACUUCCCACUCCACCGAACCCAACUCCACCCUCGCAUGCACUCCUUCUCUCCCACCUCCCAAAACCCCAAAUCUUCUUCAUCUUCUUCUUCUUCCAAAUGCCUCAUCAUCUUCACCUCCUUCCUCACCAUCCCUUUCCUCUUCUACCUUGUUGCCACAGCUCGCAGAGUCCACCAAUCCCCUCGCUACGCCCAACCCAUCACCGCCCACGCGCUCUUCGGCGUCGUCAUCAAUGCUGGGCCCACCGGAUCUCGGAUCAGCGUCUUCGAGCUUCUGGGUGAGUCUCGGAUCCCGUUUCUCGACGGAACGGCCCCAUCGAGCUCCAUGAAGGUUCAACCCGGGUUGUCCGGGUUUGGCGAUGAUCCGGAGAGCGCGAGUGGGUCGAUUGCGGAGUUGGUUGUGUUUGCGAAGCGGAGGGUACCGAAGAAGGAUUGGAGGAACACCAAGGUGCAGCUGAUGGCUGAUGCGGAGCUUGAAGGUCUGGGUUUGGAGGUGACGGAUAAGAUAUUGGAGUCUUGCAGGCACGUCUUGAGAUCUUCGGGUUUUUUGUUCGAGGACGAAUGGGCUAGGGUGAUUCAAGGGGAAGAAAAAGGUGUUUAUACUUGGGUGGCUGCGAACUAUGCUCUUGGCAUGUUGGGGGGUGAUCCUCUAGAAACAACUGGGAUUGUUGAACUUGGUGGGACGUCUUUGCAGGUUACAUUUGCUGCAAAAGAAAAACUAGAAGUGCAAUCUUCACAAGUCAUCCAAUUGUUUGGAGUUGAUUACAAUCUCUUUAGUAAAAACUUUCCACAAUAUGGCCAGGAUGCAGGUUGGGAGUCAAUAUAUGAGCUUCACAAUAGUGGAGAGUUAAUAUCUUUUUCAAACACUAGGGAGAAAAUUGUUGGCAAUCCUUGCGUUCCUAGAGGAUACAAGCUGCCAGAAAAUGCCAGUGAUUCUGCAAAACUUCUAGUGUCCCAUGCAGUUGGAAACUUUUCUGCAUGUAGAACUGAAGCUUUGGCACAUGUACAGAGACAACAAGGUAAAUGCAUGCAUGCGCCUUGCAAAAUUGUCUCAUCCUUUCCUUUUGAGUUAGGAGGAGAGCCAGUUACUACGAAUAACUUAUUAUUUACUUCUGAGAUUUUUGGGUUGGUUCCUAUGAUUUCUUUAAUCGAAUUGGAGGCGGCUGGUAAACAUUAUUGUGAAGAUGAUUGGUUCACACUAAAAAGUCAACAUCAUAGCGUUGAUGAUCUAGAUUUGUUGAAAUAUUGUUUCUCUUCUGCAUAUAUGGCGGCACUAUUGCAUGACAGUCUUAAAAUCCCACUGGACAAGAGAAGUGUUGGAUUCACAAACCACACCGGAAACAUUCCUAUCGAUUGGACUUUCGGAGCAUUCAUUGUUGAAAGCACGCGGGCUCCCCUCGAAUGGGAACCUGAUAACAUGGGCGAGAUUGUUGGAAAUGAUUCAGUGACAUACUUCUUAUUGUUUGCAUUUCUUUUAAUAGCUGUAUUUGCUGCAUUUUUUGUACUGCAAUGGAGGAAACCAAGGUUAAAGACCAUAUAUGAUUUAGAGAAAGGGAGCUAUAUUGUUACACGUGUACCUAGGUGACUAUACUUGGCAUCCCUAUUUAUUCGACAUCCUCUGUUUCUUUAUAUGGUUUUUACCUUUUUCAUUUAAAAAACUAUUUGUAUA